AUGUAUGGUUACAACUGUACUGGUAAAUGUGGCCACUGCAAAGAUGUCUUUCCACAGUGCGACCGUAUCAAUGGGACAUGUCUGCAGGGAUGUGAAACUGGAUAUGCAACCCCGCCACGUUGUUUGCAAACCUGCAACAACAGCUUUUACGGUGAAAACUGUGCACAACGUUGCGGCAACUGUUUAGAUGGUCGCCGUUGUGAUUUCAAGAAUGGAAGCUGUCCUCGAGGAUGUUCAUCUGGGUAUCGUGGCGUCUACUGUAAUCAAACCUGCACAAAAGGACGUUUUGGCCAGAAUUGCUCCUCGCCUUGUGGUCAUUGUCUGGGUGCGGCGGUAUGUGAUCAUGUAUCAGGAAACUGUCCUAUUGGCGGAUGUGAGCGGGGAUUCAACGGUUCCAGAUGUGAAACAACAUGCGAUGAUACCUCAUACGACCAGAAUUGCAAUUCCAGCUGUGGUCACUGCCGGGAUGAGGCAGUAUGCGAUAAGGUAUCAGGAAACUGCCCAGCAGGCGAUUGUAAUAGGGGGUUCAGCGGACCACGAUGCAAUCACACAUGUCCGGCUGGUAGAUAUGGUCAUGAAUGCCAGAACAACUGCAGUGGGUAUUGUUUGAACAAAGAACCCUGUCGAUUUACAACGGGUGUUUGCUUAAAUGGCUGUUCGCCAGGCUACGACUUCAAACAGGAUGACAAAUGUAAAACAGAACAGAAUCAAAAUCCUGAUUGCGAAUCAGAUGUUACGUCGAAAAUUAUUGCUGCAGUUUCAUCAACUAUUGCUAUGGGCUUGAUCAUUGCAAACGUUAUUGGAGUCAGUAUUUAUUGUAGAAGGCAAUCUAAAAAAAGGGAAAUCAAAAGCAACAUGAGCACCAUGGACUCAAACCCGUACACUACACCUGUCCCUGCAUCAUCAACUGGAGAUUACGCCACGCUUGAUAUUAACGAACAAUGUGAAAAACAUCACUUUGGAAUUAACUGCAACAUCACAUGCCAUUGCGAUGAAUGCAAUCAUGUGGACGGAUCUUGUGGAGUUUAUCCGUGUUUUAGUGGAUGGGUCGGUGAUACUUGUUCAGAACCAAUUCAAACUAAUCAUACCUCUAAAGGUGGUGGACUGCGAGUGUCAAUGUCCAUUUCACAAAUGACAAAUGCGGUGAUUAUUCAAGGUGAUAAAAAUGCAUUAGGAUUAAAUCAACAGAUAAACCCUCCUAGACUUGCACGUUACAUCAACAUUACUUCCAUCGCAGGGACGUCAAACAUGAAUGCCACAACGGGGCGUAUGGUGACAUAUGCACUGGUAAAUGCGGUCAUUGUAAAGGUGGCUUUGCACAGUGCGGCAGUAUUAGCGGGACUUGUCGACAGGGAUGUGAAACUGGAGAUAAAUUGUGGAGCAUGUUCAAACACUCUGCCUGUUAAAGUAAACCUGGGAGGAAAUGUGCCCCCGGUGUGCGGCUUAAACUAA